GCCGUCGAUCUGAGAUACAUACUCGAGAUGCUGGAUCCUAACGGAGGCGAACCCAUUAUGACAUCGAACCCCGGAGCGAUCGCCGUGAAUGGCAUCUUUGAAGCACCGUCAAGGUCAUGGAAUACAUCGACCACAACAAUCGACACGAUGAAUCCGAACGUUCUCUCAUCUUCAUUCUCGGGAUACAGCAGUGACGGCUCCUCCACGACUGGCUCGCCCUUGAAGAUUGCCCGCUUCGGACCGCGUAUUGUCGAAGCCCUGCGAACAUCGAAAUCCACCGGUAGCUUCAAGGUGUUCAAGAACCACCUGAUCAGCGACCUCUCCCUCUCCGACAACACGAAAAGUUUCACUUAUAGAACUUCCCUCGGCCGCCAACGAGCCUCCAAAUCCACAAGCCGCGUCUUCGACAAAGGUAUCCCGCCUCCCAUCCCCAGCGCACCACUGUCAAACCUCCCCGCAACAGCCUUCACCCACGCCUCGCCCAAAGUCAACAGAAACCUCCCGCCAACCCCCAUCCCUAUCGACAACGGAAGGAAAAUCCCCCGCUCCGCCCGGACCCUUCCCGAAUCCACAUCCACCCUAGCAAGCUUCAUAAAGAACCUGCCUCCCCAACAGCACAAAAGCGCCCUCCAACCCCGCUCCGCAGAAG